AUGGGACAGGAACCGCGCACGUUGCCGCCCUCCCCUAACUGGUACUGCUCCCGAUGCAGCGAUGCCGUGCCCGGAGGCCUCUUCGGCUUCGCGGCGCGGACUUCGGUCUUCCUUGUCCGCGUGGGCCCUGGCGCGGACGCGAUCCCAGGGACGCCCCCAUUUCGAGUCAUAGGCGAGUUGGUGGGACACACGGAAAAGGUGUCUGGUUUCACGUUUUGUCAUCACCCGGGUCAAUACAAUCUCUGCGCCACCAGCUCUGAUGAUGGGACUGUGAAAAUCUGGGAUGUAGAGACAAAAGCAGUUGUGACGGAACAUGCACUCCAUCAGCACACCAUAUCAGCAUUGCAUUGGUCUCCUCGAGUAAAGGAUCUGGUAGUAUCUGGAGAUGAAAAAGGAGUAGUUUUCUGUUACUGGCUUAACAGAAAUGACAGCCAGCACCUGUUUAUAGAACCCAGGACAAUUUUCUGUCUUACUUGCUCGCCUCAUCAUGAAGAUUUAGUAGCCAUUGGCUACAAGAAUGGCGUAGUGGUUAUAAUUGACAUCAGCAAGAAAGGAGAAGUUAUGCACAGGCUUCGAGGACAUGAUGAUGAGAUCCAUUCCAUAGCCUGGUGUCCCCUGUCGGGUGAAGACUGUUUAUCCAUAAAUCAAGAGGAAAAUUCAGAAGAACCUGAAAUUCCCAAUGGGAAAGUUAUAGCACAAACUGCAGUAACAAAAGGCUGCUACUUAGCCACUGGGAGCAAAGACCAGACCAUUCGGAUCUGGAGCUGCUCUAGAGGCCGAGGGGUGAUGACUUUGAAACUGCCCUUUCUUAAAAGAAGAGGAGGGGGUGUAGACCCAACUGUUAAAGAGCGCCUUUGGUUGACACUCCAUUGGCCCAAGGAUCAGCCAACUCAGCUGGUAUCCAGCUGUUUUGGAGGUGAACUGCUACUGUGGGAUCUCACUCAGUCUUGGAGACGGAAAUAUACCCUCCUUAGUGGUUCAUCAGAAGGGCAAAAUCAUUCAAGGAUUGUGUUUAAUUUAUGUCCUCUGGAAACUGAAGAUGACAAACAGCUGCUGCUUUCCAUAUCAAUGGACAGAGAUGUAAAAUGCUGGGACAUGGCCACUCUGGAGUGCUGCUGGACCCUGCCUUCCCUCGGUGGGUUCGCCUACAGUCUGGCCUUCUCUCCUGUGGACACAGGCUGCUUGGCGAUAGGCGUCGGGGACGGCAUGAUCCGCGUGUGGAAUACACUCUCCAUAAAGAACAACUAUGACAUGAAAAUUUUUUGGCAAGGUGUCAAGUCCAAGGUUACAGCGCUGUGCUGGCACCUGACCAAGGAAGGCUGCUUAGCUUUUGGAACUGACGAUGGAAAAGUGGGAUUGUAUGACACCUACUCCAACAAACCUCCACAGAUUUCCAGCACGUAUCACAAGAAGACUGUGUACUCGUUAGCCUGGGGACCACCAGUACCCGCCGUGGCACUCGGAGAAGGAGACAGACCUUCCCUCACUUUAUACAGUUGUGGAGGAGAAGGGAUUGUCUUACAGCACAACCCUUGGAAGCUUAGUGGAGAGGCCUUUGACAUCAACAAACUCAUCAGGGACACCAAUUCAAUCAAAUACAAAUUGCCUGUACACACAGAGAUCAGCUGGAAAGCAGAUGGCAAAAUCAUGGCUCUUGGCAAUGAAGAUGGAUCAAUAGAAAUAUUCAAGGUUCCUAACUUGAAACUGAUCUGCACCAUCCAGCAGCAUCAUAAGCUUGUGAAUACCAUUAGCUGGCAUCAUGAGCAUGGCAGCCAGCCAGAGCUGAGCUAUCUGAUGGCCUCUGGGUCCAACAAUGCAGUCAUUUAUGUGCACAACCUGCAGGCUGUCAUAGAGAGCAAUCCUGAAUCUCCAGUGACUAUUACAGAGCCCUACCGGACCCUGUCAGGGCACACAGCCAAGAUCACCAGUCUGGCAUGGAGCCCACAUCAUGAUGGAAGGCUGGUAUCCGCUUCCUAUGACGGUACAGCUCAGGUGUGGGAUACUCUCCAGGAAGAGCCUCUAUGCAACUUCCGAGGACAUCGAGGCCGACUGCUUUGCGUUGCAUGGUCCCCGUUGGAUCCAGAUGGCAUCUACUCAGGGGCAGAUGAUUUCUGUGUGUACAGAUGGCUCACUUCCAUGCAGGAACACUCCCGACCUCCUCAAGGCAAGAAAAGUAUUGAAUUAGAGAAAAAGCGGCUCUCUCAACCAAAGCCAAAGCCCAAAAAGAAGAAAAAGCCCACCUUGAGAGUGCCUGUAAGGCAAGAAUUAUGUGAUGGGAAUGAAGAAGAGAGUGUAAAGGAGAGCCUGGGCCCCAUUGAGAACGGCGUGUCAGACCAGGAGACUGAGGAGGAAGUCCGUGAGCCAGAGCCACCCUGUGGAGUCACCUUGGCGGUUUCUAAAGAACCAAUUAUUUGCACUCCAGCAGCCUUAGGUUUUGAAAAGUCAAAAAGCACCAUUAAUAACAAAGUCACUUUACUGAAAAAGGAGGUACCUAAAGAGAAGCCAGAAGCCUUAAUCAAGAAGCGAAAAGCUCGUUCCAUGCUUCCACUGAGUACAAGUCUGGACCACAGAUCCAAAGAGGAGCUUCAUCAGGACUGUUUGGUAUUAGCCACCGCCAAACACUCCAAAGAGCCAAAUGAGGAUGUGUCUGCUGAUCUUGAGGAAAGAUUUCACCUGGGGCUCUUCACAGACAGGGCGACCCUGUACAGAAUGGUUGAGGUUGAAGGAAAAGGUCACUUGGAAAAUGGCCACCCUGAGUUAUUUCACCAGCUCAUGCUUUGGAAAGGAGAUCUAAAAGGUGUUCUGCAGACUGCAGCAGAAAGAGGGGAGCUGACAGACAAUCUCGUGGCUAUGGCACCAGUGGCCGGUUACCAUGUGUGGGUGUGGGCCGUGGAAGCUUUUGCCAAACAGCUAUGUUUCCAGGACCAGCAUGUCAAGGCUGCCUCUCAUCUGCUUUCUAUCCACAAAGUGUAUGAGGCUGUGGAGCUGCUCAAGUCAAACCAUUUCUACAGGGAAGCUAUUGCAAUUGCCAAGGCCCGGCUGCGCCCAGAGGACCCAAUCAUAAAAGACCUGUACCUCAGCUGGGGAGCCGUUCUAGAAAAAGACGGCCACUAUGCCUUAGCAGCAAAAUGCUAUUUAGGGGCCACUUCAGCUUAUGAUGCAGCCAAAGUUUUGGCCAAAAAGGGGGAUGCGGCAUCACUUAGGACGGCAGCAGAGUUGGCCUCCAUCAUGGGAGAGAAUGAGUUGUCGGCUUCCCUGGCUCUAAGAUGUGCCCAAGAACUGCUUCUGGCCCGGAACUGGGUGGGAGCCCAGGAGGCCCUGCAGCUCCACACAAGUCUAAAGGGUCAGAGAUUGGUGUUUUGCCUUCUAGAGCUACUGUCCAAGCACCUGGAGGAAAAUCAGCUCUCUGAGGGCAAAAGUUCCUUCUCUUCUUACAACGCGUGGCCCACAGACAGUGAAGGGUCCUUCGUGGAGAGGGUGACUGCAAUAUGGAAGAGCGCCUUCAGCCUUGACUCCCCAGAGCAGUACCAGGCAGCAUUUCAGCAGCUACAAAAUAUCAAGUACCCAUCUGCUACAAAUAACACUCCCUCCAAACAGCUCCUGCUCCACAUUUGCCAUGACCUGACCUUGGCAACGCUAAGCCAGGAAGCAGGCUCCUGGGACGCAGCUGUGGAAGGACUGCUUCGGGCUGUGAUCCGGAGCUACGACUCAGGAAACUUCACCAUCAUGCAGGAAGUGCACUCAGCCUUUCUUCCGCAGGGCUGUGACCACCUAAGAGACAAACUGGGUGAUCAUCAGUCCCCCACCACACCAGCUUUCAAAAGUCUGAAGGCCUUUUUUAUUUAUGGACGUCUGUAUGAAUUCUGGUGGUCUCUCUCUGGGCCUUGCCCCGAGUCCAGUGUCUGGGUAAGAGCUGCUCACAGAAGUAAAACCUCUGCUGAACAGAGUCAAGAGGUUGACAGUGGCAGCCCUGAAGAAACUGACCCCCAAGCUCCCCAGCCAGAGCCAAGCAGGACUCCAGAACUAGACGUGAGACUUACAGAAGAAGGUGAACAAAUGCAGAAUGCCUGUAAGGAGCUCUUGUCAGAAAAGCAUGCUGGUCUCCAAAAUGCACAGAGAACUGUUGCUGAAGUCCAAGAGACCUUGGCAGAAAUGAUCCGCCAACACCAAAAGAGUCAACUCUGUCAAUCCACAGCAAAUGGCCCUGGGGAGAAUGAACCUGAGCAGGAAGAAGAGCCCCUCUCUGGUCCUCAGAAGCAGUGUAAAGAAGAAAAAAAUAAACCAGUUUCUUUGCCUGAAUUAACCAAAAGACUUACAGAGGCAAAUGAGAGAAUAGCUGAGUUUCCUGAGAAUAUUAAGACCUGGCCUUUCCCAGACGUACUGGAGUGCUGCCUCAUCCUGCUUCACAUUGGGUCCCAAUGUCCUAGCUUUAUGACCCAGGAAAUGCAGCAACAGGCUCAAGAGCUCCUUCAGAAGUAUGGCAACACAGAAGUUUACAAACAUUACCAGACCCUCUACACAUGA